CUGAGGGGGUUGGAAGACAGGACAGUGUCCUACCCCCCGAGAAACUCCCAGACAGGGAUGUCUGGAAGGCACUUUAGGGGGUAUUUCCUCCACACAUCCCCCCUCCCCAAUUUACAGCUGGGACACUUAGGUGCAGAGAGUAGAAGUGACGUGUCUAAGGUUACACACAUAGAUUUUCUACAAAAUGACUUCCACUUUUGACAGGGAAGCGGAUUCAUGUGAUGGGGGUCGGUGAGAGAUGUGCUCAUGUCUUAUUUUAAAGGAAUGAAAGGUGACUAGCUGUACACAGGGAAAUAUAUGCUGGUUUCACGCAUUUCACUUUUCUGAUCCUGGAAUGAGCUGUUCCAGGUAGUGAUUAAAUUUUGACACGUUGAGGAAGACACUAUUGCUGAGUUUUGCUUUUUUUUAAUAGAUUUUAUUCUUUAGAGCAGUUAUAAGUUAACGAAAGAGUUAAACAGAAAUUACAGAGAGUUCCCAUACACCCGCUCUCCCCGCCAUGCACACAACUUCCCCAUCAUCAACAUUUUGCAUUAGGGUGGAAUAUUUGUUACAACUGAUGCGCCGAUGUUGACACGUGAUUAUUAACUGAAGUCCGCAGUUUACAUUAGGGUUUGCCCUUUGUGUGUAUAGUUCUGUGGGGUUUGACAAAUGCAUGACGGCAUGUAUCCACCUUUACAGUAUCGUACAGAAUCGUUUCACUGCCCUAAAGACCCCCUGCGCCCCAGUUCUUUGCUUUGUGCCCCCCCAGCACCCAGCUCUCCUCACUGUGCGGCGUCUCGCCUACCCACAAUGCACCAGUGACACCUACCCACGAAGGCCAGCACAGAGUGACACAGCCCAUCAACUGUGCGUGUUCAGCUCUGGCCUGACAGCUGGCCGAGCCGUGCUCAACGUGCAAAGCAUUUGCUCCUGAGCGAUGCUCUGGGUCAUAACAAGUCCUGAGGCUCUCCUGCUUCUUCUCAUUUCCAGCCAGUUUUUGUUCACUGUUCUGGCAUCAGCUCCUUUUCAGUCACUGUCUCUCAGAUCUCCCUUCUGAUGUCACUCAGAAUUCUUAUACUCAGUGUGGCUGUUUUAUACUCUGGAAAAACUUUAAACCUCUAAGCAAAUGAACAUUUGGACAUGUAUAGUUUUAAUAACUAAGUACUCUCAAACAUUUGCUACCCUUAUAAAAAAAACCUUUUAUGCUCUGUAUUAAGUUCAAAAUAGGUGGCAAAGUUUAAUGUUACACAUUUGAAAAUGGAAGCUUAUAUUCAAAAGGGCUAGGUAAACAGCUCUUGGAUGCCUAGCCUUCUCAUCAAGUCGUGAGCGACCCAUCCGUGUCAACAUUUACAAACUUGCCAGAUCGCUGGAAGCUGGGGUUUCACCAGAAGGAGGGGUGGGGGGAACUUGGAGAAGCACCUCGACAUUUUACGUGGGUUUGAACUCCUCUCCAGGCCUUGAUGUCCACUCCACCUGAGCUCCAGGUGCCCUCGCCCAGAGUGUUGCAGAAGCGCCUCCCCUGGAGACUAGCCCUUCCAUGAGCUUCUAUUUUGGAGAGGCUACCACACUAGAACAAGCUGGAAACUUUGUCUUGGGGAGGAGAAAUGGAAGCAUCUCAAUUGGAGGGAAAGAGGGAAAAGGAGGAGAUUGCCCUGUGGGGGGUCGGUUCUAGACUUCCUAGCCCACCCCCCAGGACUGUUGGGAGCACCAAACGAGACAGCAGGUGUGAAUGUGCCCUGUGGGCUGUGAGGGGCUGGACAAAUCCACAGUACGCUCUGUGCUUGUGCUGCCUUGUUGAAGAGCAAAACUGUACUUUUUCAUUCCUAGGCUUCUCUCAGGAUUUUCUACAAAGCGCUAGCCAUAAAAAUAGGCUUUCUCUAAAUAGUUAUAUGUUGGUUGAGUGGAUAUAUCAGAACAAGCAAGAAUCUGAUUACAUGUAAGGAAGCACAUUUUAACUGUCAGGAGAACCAGAUAUGGCAACGGCAUUUUCAGGAAGACAACUCUGGGAAGAGAAGAAACCACCAUUUGUCCCUGGAUGGCUUAGACACCCAGCUGCCCAAACCUAGGGAUUGGAUGAGCCGGAUGACAGUGAAACCGUUACUGAAACAAUGGAGACAAAUCGUGAAGUGGUAGGAAUAGGGAGCAGAGGCCUACCAGGUCCUACCAUGGGCAGCUGGAGCCUUUCGACAGAGUCUCAAAAAGAAAGGAAAACUGCGAGCCGCCCAAGACUGCCUCCCUGUCUCCAGCUUUUCCUUUCACCUCGAUGCCUCCAGCAUUUUUUCAUCAUAGCCUAAUAACAGUCAAGACAAUCUUAUCUCCCAAAAUUGUUGAAAAGUCUUCACAUUGAGAGAACACGAUGUGGGGAACAUAGUCCUCCUUAGCACCUUCUUCGAGAGGACUGAGAAAAAGAAGUCAGGGGAUGAGGGAAAGGAAUGGGAUUGUGGGAAUAUAGAUUCCUGUAGCCCCUAGUCCAUAUUUAGAGCCUUGAUUCCCCGUUUGUAAAUGCAGGGACUGGACCAGAGGCCUCCACGCAGCCCCCAGGGCAAAUUCUCCUAAAGCCGGAGCAGGGGCUGGGGGGCAGGCUGGAGAAGAGUGGGUGCCCCCACCUGCCGCCUACCAAGCAGCCACCAGGGCACUAGGGACAGUGAUAUUUGAAAACCACAAACCACUGGGCUCCUCCCUGGGCUUCCUGCUCCCAUCAGUGUUUCACAUUUGGCUCCAAGGUCACACUAGCUCCCAGAUCCUCCGCCCUGAACUAUGACAGAUGAGUGCCCCCUACACACAAAGAAUAGAAACCGACUUGCCCUGGGCCCUCCCUUCCUUCACCCUCUGAAGCUUCUGAGAGACGCCACACCCACCAGGCUCAAGGAAAAGGCUGCUCAAAGGCACAGUGUACUGAUUUGGUGUUCAUCACUAAAUUUCCUAGAAAGGCCCAUUGACACCUUCACUGCCCAAUUAGUCUGGAAAUCCAGGAUUGGAAUGGCAGGUGGAGAAGGGGCCUUGGUCUCCACAUACUAGUUCCAGGACAUGGUUGGGAUGCAAACUCAGUUUCUUGAUAAGUACUUUAGUGUCAUUAACAUCUAGUGUGGGAGAUUAGACUCUCCAAGGUAGCUUUGGAAAAAGUGCAAAUAGCUGGGCUUUUCCCCUACGUGUUCAGCAGGUCUCAGAUUAGACCUGGGGUCCUUAUAGUGAUUCCAAUGGGCAGCCGGCGUUGGAGCCCACUGGUAGGGAUUUCAACCACGAGCUGGAAGUUCUGCUGUCUGUGUGCUAACGGGCAAAUCCUCGUCUCCACUCUGUUUUUCGAUAUCUCAGGUGGGAAGAAUUAUUCUGAGAGUGUUGUACCUUCCUUUGUUCUUGUCAAGCGCGGAAUGCUUCUCUCCUCAUUCCCUUCAGAAAUAAACCUACUCGCCUGGCUGUCCUCUGGCUUCAGAUCCAGCUGCUAGGCUUUCCGGGCUUCUUCUUGGAGGGAAGUCUUUGGAAGCGAGUAAGCUGGCACAUCAAUUCUCCUUCCUAAUAAGACAAGCUGAAGUGGCCAGAGAGGGACCCCCUCAGUCACUCCAGGAAUGGAGCAAUGACCGUGUCCUCCUCCGCACCGUGCCGCGGUGGGUACUGGGAAACGCUCUCCCCCAUCUGACAAGGCUCCCUCAAGCCUCUCUUCCCUCCCAGUCCUCCUUGACCACAGCGUCCACCCUCUGAGAUCGCCCCCUUUUCUGAACACCCUUAGCAUUUCUCACACAUCUAGUAAUUUAGCUCCUCUCAGACACGCCUUGUAUUGAACAAAGUUUUUCUCUGCUCAGUUGUGUUACAAGCCCCUUGAGGGUAAGUUUCUUCUGCUUUUUAUUCCUCUAAGUCCCUCCUCCCUUCUCUCCUGCCCAGAGAAGUUUCUCAAUACCUGCUGAUUGUUUCCCAAGUACUUCCCACCCCUACCACUCGAAACCAAAGAGGAAAUGUAGGGGCAUCAAUUGGCAAAUUUUCCUGAAUAAUUCGCAUUUCAAUUCUGAAAGCUAGCUAUUUCUUCAUUAGCUAAGAUGUGGUACUACAUUUAUGAACCAUCCUGUGAUCAUUAUUAAAGAAGAUUGUCUUAUACGUAAGCAUUUAAACGUCCUAAAUCUUCUGUCUAACCAGGGGAGACAAUACUGUACCUUAGAGACACAUCCCGGAUUUACUAGAGAAAAGGCAAAGAGCGGUAUCGGUUUGUAACCGCCUCACUGCUCCCUGCACUUUCUUACCAAGCUCCCCGCUCUCACGGCGUCAGCCCUGACGCUUCGUGGGGUUUGUACGCCUAGCAGUGCUGAGGAGGUCUGCAGGCAGACUACUCAGGCUCAGAUGCAACCUCUUCCACGUGCUAGCUGCACAUCCUGGGGCACGUUACCUAAACCAUGGGCAUCAGUUUCCUCACCUCUUAACGGAAACAGAAGCACCUCCUCACAGGGUCAUUGUGAAGACAAAAUGGGUUACUGCGAGGAAAGCACUUAGUAGGCUCUCAAUAAGCAUUAGCUGUCACCAUGAUCAUUAUGCAGAAGCAGCCUCAGGAGCCAGAGACCUUGUCCUAGCUCUCUCAUUUAUUUGCUUUGUGACUUUGGACAUACAAACCCCAAGGUCUCCAUUUCUUCAGGUAUAACGUUAAAAUAUUGAUAAUGCCUGGUGUACCUGCCUCACAGAGCUGCAGUGAGAUUCAAAUGAGCUAAUACAUGGGAAAAUGCAGGAGAGCAAAUGGCCCCUCUUUUCACCUGCACCUGUAUGAUCGCACAGCCCAGCGCGCUUUGUAGGAUGGUUACUUAUUUUUAUCCGCCUCCUCAAUCAGCUUGUGGGCUCCUUGAAGCAAGGAUCCCAUCUUACUCUCUCUUCUGUCAACCAUGAUGCCUGAUUAUGCACGUGAUAUGUACUCAGGAAAUGGGGAACUGGAAGGGCAGCAGUCUCCUUGUGUGUAUAUUUUCCCAGGAUGUGUUCCAGUAGCGUGCUUCCCAUUGGACUGCAUGUGCUAGGGCUAGCCCCUCACAUCAGAUGUAGCUCCCAGAAGGCACAUCUGUGAGCAGCAUCUGUAAGAAGGCAUCUAGUCCCAGGAGCCAGGCACCCAGUAGGCAUAAUGUGGGGACACCCUGGCCUGCUGCUCUGCCCCUGGGACCUUCCUGGGCUCUGAUCCCCUGCGCUCAGCCAGCAGUCUUUCAAUCUUCAUGAGGGUCUCUGAAUUCAUCUCCAUACUAUUGGAGAGACCAUAAAAGCAGUUUAGUUGCCAUAGACAGUCCAAAUGAGGGACACUGAGAAAUCCAAUCUCAGCAUUUUAUACAGCAGCAGUGACUUGAAGACCUUGUUUUCUUUCUUCCCAUUUUGAAGUCUUCCCAAGGAGGCAACUUUGGUUUUUGUGCCUCUGCUCACAGCUCCCAUAUCUUUAUUAAGAGGUAGUCUUGGGGCAUGCCAUUUGCCUGAUGGUGUCCUGUAUUAUUUCAGUAUCCUUCAAAACACUCACCUAGUGCUGUGUACAGAGAAAGCACUGGAUACACAGUUCCCAAUUGGAAUGAAAAGGACUGAGAAAACCAAAAUGAGUGGACUCAAUGGGAGAUUAAUUGCAUAGGAGUCUGCUGACGGCGUGGCUGAAGCCAGAUUUUUUUCGGAACCGCUGACUGCCUUCACAUUUCCUGGUGGAAGUGGGACAGGUCAACAGACAACACAGAGUCCUAGAUAACUUUUGCCCACACAUCAUUCACUUUGUGGAGCGUUGGCUUGAAAUUGAGGGGUGUGUGUGUGUCUGGAACCGACGUGCCUUCCGUGAGACUCAGAGGUCUCUGCACUCUCUUCAAAUGGGCUGAUUACAACACAGAGGAUGUGGACAGUGGAGUUUUUCCUGUUUGAUGUCACACUGCUACCCUUUAAAAGUCCAAGGGAAAAAAGGAGGGAAUUCAGCCUAGGAUCCUCAGGCCAGAUAGCCACAAGGAAGAAGAGGAGAAAAAGGCCAGUGAGGCACAGCUGCGGAGUCCAGGAGGCAGUGUCAGGUUUCAAACUCCGUGCCAGCCAUUCAGAGAGCAGCGAUGUCAGGGCCCUGCCUUGGGCUCCUGGUCUACGUCCUGUGCUCCGCAGUGAAAGCCUAUCCCAACGCCUCCCCGCUGCUAGACUCCAGCUGGGGCAGCCUGACCCACCUGUACACGGCCACAGCCAGGAACAGCUACCACCUGCAGAUCCACAAGGAUGGCCACGUGGAUGGCACACCCCAUCAGACCAUCUACAGUGCCCUGAUGAUCAGAUCAGAGGAUGCUGGCUUUGUGGUGAUAACAGGUGUGAUGAGCAGGAGAUACCUCUGCAUGGACUUCAGAGGAAACAUUUUUGGAUCACAUCACUUCAGCCCCGAGAGCUGCAGCUUCCGACAGCGGACGCUGGAGAACGGCUACGACGUGUACCACUCGCCGCAGCAUCGCUUCCUCGUCAGCCUGGGCCGCGCCAAGAGGGCCUUCCUGCCCGGCACGAACCCCCCGCCCUACUCGCAGUUCCUGUCCCGGAGGAACGAGAUCCCCCUGGUCCACUUCAACACCCCGCGGCCGCGGCGGCACACGCGCAGCGCCGAGGACAACUCGGAGCGCGACCCGCUGAACGUGCUGAAGCCCCGGCCCCGCAUGACCCCCGCGCCGGCCUCCUGCUCCCAGGAGCUCCCGAGCGCCGAGGACAACAGCGUGCUGGCCAGCGACCCCUUAGGGGUGGUCCGUGGCAACAGGGUGAACACGCACGCGGGGGGCGCGGGCGUGGAGCGCUGCCGCCCCUUCCCCAAGUUCUUCUAGGGGAACCAGAAAGGAAUCCUUUCCAACCCAUCUUUCAGAAAACUGCCUCUAAAGGGACCAGCUCCCUUUGCACUGCAAGGAAGGGGGAGGGAGUCUGGGGGAGGGGGAACAUGUGGAAUUAGCUUCUCCUCCCCAUUCGCUUCCCCUGAGGGUCUGCUUUGAGCCCUGAGAAACGGGAGUUUAACGGCCGUCCCCACCCGGCCUGUACCACCCUCCUGAAUUAAGCCCCAAUAGGUAAAUUAGAAAUUUCCCCUUCAUUAAGGAGAAGGGAUUCUGACCCCCGGUAUUUCUCUUCCUAAUGCCCCUUUUCUUUAUCAGUUUAACACUAAAACCAAAGCAAUGGCUUAGUGAGUUCACCACUUUGAAGGUGAAGGAAGAGCCAAUGCCAGCAGCUUCUCCCCUGCUCCGUGCAUUUAUUUAUAUUAUCUGCCUGGGCCCUGCCAGCAUUCGAGUUUGCAACCUUGACCUAGGGCGUUACAGCUGAACUGAGCAAACUGAUGAAAAUCCUAAUCUCAAACCUUUGUUCUUCCUUGAGCAUCUCUGGAGAAGAGCUGUCAAAAAGACUGCUGGCAGGCUGUCAGAACUUAACUAGAAUGCUUGGAGAACUGAGGCCGAAAUCAAGCUAGAAAACUCAACCUCCCUGUAGGGUGGGCACCCCUUGCCGCGCUCUCUCCCUCUGUGCAGCCAGUCAGAGGGCCGAGAAUGGGAACAAAGGGCUCUGUUCCCAAGCGGCCCAUGACCCAGCCUUGCCUCUUGGCGCCAUCUUUGGCACUAGUGAAUUUGGCCUGAGGAGGAGCUUUGGUACUGGCUCAGGAAACUACCCUGCUGGGAAGAGGAAGUACAUUCAAACUCUCCCAGGAGACAUUUAAUUAAGCCUCUACUUCCAGGUUGAGUAGUAAUCCAUUCUGGAUG